AUGAUUUUCAGCAAUUAAUCUUAAUCUUGUAAUGAUCAUCUUAAUCAACAGAUUGGAGGUAUUAAUAUAGGACAGAACUAAAAAUAAAGAAAGAUCUGUAUGGAAUGUAUUUAAAAAAAAAAAAUAAACUUGACAUAAUUCUUACUCUUGAAAGACUUCGUUGAAAAAGUGCUGUAAAAAUCUAACAGUUUAAAUAUCAAACACUAAUUAGAAUAAAGUUAAUCAAAGGAAAUUUUUAAAUAAUCCCUCCAACUUUUAGAUAAAAUUUAAGAAGAAAUAAUUUUGAUUAUAACUAGUAUCAAGGAAUCCAUCUAAGCAAUUUAAGUACAUGAAAAAAAUAUAGAUCAUAAAUUUAUCUAACUGAUUCAUCCAAAUUUGAACCCAGUGGAAUGCUCUGAUUCUGAAUUAGAUUUUUUGGUAAAUUUUAUCAAUGGAGAUAUUUUUGAAAAAGAGAUGGAAAAAAGAAUUUAGCUCAGUUAAUUUAUUAAGAAUAAUUGGUUUCAAGAAGAAAUGGUUAAUAAUCUAUAUAAAUUUUGUCAUCUUAUCGAAAAUAUUGAAAAAAAAUUGUAAGUUAUCAUAUUAUUUUAUAGUAUAUAAUAAACUGAAUAAACCUCUAUUUCUUUUGAAGUAUUAGAAAAUGACAAUAAAAAAUUAAAAUUUAAUUCAAUCUAAAAUUUAGAAUAAGCCAAACAUUUAUAAGUAGAAGGUUAAUAUGGAGUUAAAGGCAAUAGAAUAAGAAAAUGGAAAUAUUUUUGGAAGGGAUAAGAAAUUGGAUAUUGUUAAUACAAUAUUUGGGGAUAAUAGGAUGGUAAUUAGAUUGAAUUAUGUGAUAACUAUUCGGAGUAUUAAUAAUUUAUUUUAUCUUAGUAAAAAAAAUGUGUUAGAAAUUGGUUAGUGUUCAAAAGGAAAGAGAUGUGGAAAAUGGUCCUUUUAUUGUGGUUAUAGAUAAAUGUAAAUACAGUAAUUAUCAAAUUAGAGGUGGUGGAUCUUAUAAUGAAGAAGGAAUUAAAACUGGGAAAUGGGUAGAAUUGGAUAGUCAGUUUAAAUUGGAGAGAUAAAUCAUUUACUAAGGUGAAUAUAAUAUGAAAGGCUUGAAGAUUGGUAAAUGGAAUAUUGAGUAUUGUAAUCCAGGAUAAGAAGAAUAUAAAAAAAUGUAAUUUAUAUAAGUUAAACUUAUUAGUGGUGGUGGAUUAUAUGAUUAAGAGAAUUAAAUUAAGAAUGGAUAAUGGAUAGAGUUGUGGGACAAUUUCGAAAAAUAUACAUAGGUCAUUUCUUAUGGAAAAUAUAGCUAAGAAGGCAUAAAGGUAGAUAAAUGGGAUUUUCAGUAUCGUCAAUAUAAUGAAUAGAAAUACAGAUAAAUGUAAAGUUUGUUUAAGAUUAGAAUAUUGUUUUAGUGGUGAUGGAUCUUAUAAUUAAGAGGGAAUUAAAAUAUAGAGUUGGUUAUAGUUAGAUGAUGGGUUUAACUGGCAAAAAUAAGUCAUUUAUAAAGGUGAUUAUAAUGUAAGAGGGAUAAAAAUUGGUUAAUGGGAUAUUUACUUUUGUAAUCCAGGAGAAGAAGUAUAGAAUAAAAUGUAAGUAUUGUAAAAGUUUAAGAUAUCUAGUGGUGGUGGAUCCUAUGAUUAACAGGGAAUAAAGAAUGGGGUGUGGGUAGAAUUGUGGGAAAGAUUUUGUUUCUAGGCUUAGAUCACUUAGAAUGGUAGAUAUAAUAAGAAAGGUAUUAAGGUAGAUAGAUGGGAUAUUUGUUAUCGUGCUAAAAAUUACAAAAAUUAUGAACCAAUGUAAAAUUUAUCUUAUUAUAGUUAUAUGUCUGAGGUGGUGGAUUUUAUGAUUCAGAAGGAAUUAAGACUGGAAAAUGGGUUGAGUUGGAUGAACACUUUUUUUGGGAGAAAUAAAUCAUUUACGAAGGUCAAUACAAUUGGAAAGGGAUGAAGAUUGGUCAAUGGGAUUCUAAAUAUUGUUCUUUUUAUGACAAAGAAUAUAAACUUGUGUAAAAUUUAUCUAAGAAUAGAAAUAAAUUUUAGUGGUGGAGGAUCGUAUAAUUAAAAGGGAGUUAAAGCUGGAAAAUGGGAAGAGUUGGAUGAUGGCUUUGAUGAAUGUUAACAAGUUAUAUAAAUUGGUUUAUAUAAUAAUGAAGGUUUUAAGAUUGGUCUAUGGGAGUAUAGAGAUAUUGAAGAGAAGAAAAAGAUAGGUGAAAAUAAUUAUGAUAAUUGAAUUGAACACAGAAGAG